CGGAAGCGCCACCGACGACGAAACGGAGAAAUGUGGCCUUGCUUGGCGUCAGCAAGUCUUCCCCCCGCGUCAUGCCAACCGCAAUGUAACCUUUCUAUCUCCGCGAUAGGCAACCAACCGUUAUGACACUGUCGUAAGCACUGUCGUUUGGUAUGAUGACGCACGCAAAGUCCUGGCCGUUAUGACCGCAGACGCAGAGUCCAUCGUGAGGUCACGGACCGACGAGGCCAGCCAGCCAAGAGGUAUUGGCGACGUGUCCAGAGGCCAACAUCAAGGUUACGAAGCACCAAGACUUCAGGACACAGUGGCGGCGCUUCCGUCGGGCUUCGAAUUCACGGAAGCUGUGGCCCGUGAUGCGGUGAACGCGCGGGCUGCCGGGGACGUAGGAAGGCCCGAGACUGACGCUUUGUCACAGAAGCUGUACCAAACACACGAGGGCAGCCCCUCUGCGAACCCCAGCGGCGAACGGUACCACGCCUCAGCUACAGACCAUUACGGUGGCCUCGGAAAUUUCGGUGGUUCAGGUGACCUCGGCUUUCCAGAUGCCAUGAGGUACUACCACUACGGCUCGGGAGAGGGACCGAAGGCGUACAACACGCAACACGCGUACGCCUACGAGAAAGUUUAUCCGGAGCGCACCUACAGCACCAACCACGCCACGUCUUACGAAAAACACUACGAUGACGACAACAACAAAGGGAGGCCGUGGGGCGGCGGGUACGAGUCACGUUACAGUAGCAGCUAUCCCAUCAGAGGUGGCGGCGGCGGCGGCUACGGCUUCCGACACGGCGACAGCUACGGUUCGGGAAAAGGGAGCGGUGGGUACGGGUCGGGCUACACCAUCGGCUACAGACCGAAGGGAGGAGGCUACGGAUCGCGCUACGACUCCCGGCCGGCGGCCGCUUCGUCUUCGGGGAGCCGCAGAGGCGGUGGGAGAGCUGGCCCCAAGAUAAAACGCUACGUCUACAAGAACCCGUACGACCAGAGCACAACGCGCGUUGUGCAAAUGCACUCGGGCAGCGGACCUCCCAGCUGGGCUGCGUCGAGUGAAAACCGGCAGCUGUGGAAACCCGACGGCAGGGAACAUUUCGUGUUAGGACUGAUGCGCGAUGGCUGAUGGGGUGUUGCCUUCUUUUUUGUUGGUUUCUAUUCAUUUGUCUUGGCAACGUCUUACCACGAUGCUUUCCCCCGUGGAAUCUGACGGAUGUAAACGCGAUCGGUUGAGAGGUGCUCAAUUCGAACUCGGUUUAUUCGACAUCGCUUUUAAUUCGAA